AUGUUAUCUAGGACUGCCCUUCUGAUUGCUUUCACCACACAGGUCCACAGUUCCAUUACUCGCGCCCGUAGACAAGAGGAAGCUAUCACCGUUACACCGCAUGAACAGUAUUCUUCCUCCAUCGGCGCACUGGGAUGCAAGCUGAACACCAACCGCGUGGCCUACUGGCCGGAGCAGAUUACCUGUGAUAACAUUUGUGUCAAAGUCAGCAACGCCGAGCGCAGCGUCCAUCUGCUGCGCGUGGAUCAGUCAGGUGGUGCUCAUGACGUAUCUUACGACGCAUGGAACUAUCUUGUCUUCGGUACUGGUGCGGCUCAAGAUCCUCAUGAAGGAGGUGGUAUUGCCAUGGCGUAUGAGCAGGUCCAUCCGGACGAGUGUAAAUCCUUGCUUCAUGAUGGUAAGCUGGUAUUGUCUGCCGCAAACAGCAUGAAUUAUCUCGGGUCGUGCCUCGGGGGCAAGAAUUGGGUCGCGGAGAACCACAAGCUUGUCAACUUAUUGGACCCUGGCUGUCGAUACGGCUGGGAUGAGCUAUGCACACUGGAUCUGAGCAAGAGCAACCAGCCCGCAUGUCCACACACGCUCGGCGAUCUGCAUACCCCCACGGGACAGAAGGUCACAAAUAUACGCUAUCGAACUGGCGAGAACUACGUUGUUCAGUGA